AAGAAAUGGUUAAUAACGAAGAAUUAACCAAAGAACAACAAGAUAAAGCAAAAGAAUUUUUGCUUACAGAAGAAAAAUUAUUUGCUUUAAGUAUUGAAGAUAUGGGAAAUAAAGCUGUUAAAAGAGUUGAGAAAGCACAAGAAAAUGCUAAAAGAAGAUAUGAUCAAAACUUAUUACCUAUAGAAGAAUUUAAAAAAGGAGAUCAAGUACUUGUAUAUAAGGCUUUUCAACAAUAUUCAAAAAGCCAUAAACUUCAUCCGAAGUGA